AUGGGCAAAUUCGAUAUCAACUCGACCGUUCGCAUGAAUUCGGGUUACGAUAUUCCAUUGCUCGGAUAUGGAGUUUAUCAGACUCCUAUGGAUGUCGCGGAAGAGGUUACUGCUCAUGCGGUAAAGUCUGGCUAUCGUCAUGCGGAUUCAGCUGCUGCGUAUCGCAACGAACAACCCACUGCUGCUGGACUACUCAAAGCCGGUCUCCCUCGUUCCGAGCUCUUUUUUACGUCAAAAGUGCCACCGAAAGCUAUCAACUAUGAUGCUGCUAAGGCCGUUGUGGAUGAGAGUUUGAAGUUGGCUGGAUUGGAGUAUAUUGAUCUGUAUCUGCUUCAUGCGCCAUAUGGUGGUAAGGAGAAUAGAUUGGGUGCUUGGAAGGCUUUGGUUGAGGCUGUGGAGGCGGGUAAGGUGAGGAGUAUUGGUGUCAGCAAUUAUGGCGUCCAUCAUCUCGAAGAACUUGAGGAGUGGAUCAAGCAGACUGAGGAGAAAGAAGGCAAGGGUAAAGGUGGUGUGUUGAGUGUCAAUCAGGUUGAGCUGCAUCCUUGGUUGGCAAGAGAUGACAUCGUUCAAUGGUGCACAAAAAGAGGAGUUGUCAUGGAGGCAUACUGUCCUCUUGUCCGCGCGACCAAGAUCGAUGACCCUUUGCUCACUCCUCUGGCCAAGAAGUACAACAAGACAACCUCCCAGAUCCUACUCCGCUGGGGUCUCCAGAAGAACUUUGUUAUCCUACCGAAGUCGGUUACACUUUCUCGCAUUGAAGAGAACAGAGACAUCUACGACUUUGAGCUUUCGGAUGAGGACAUGCAAACUUUGAGUACGGACAAGUACGAGCCUUGCGCUUGGGAUCCUACUACCAGUAAAGAUUAG